CUCCUCGGGUCACCUAGCAGCAGCAGCCAUGCCGGGAGUCGUGAGCUGGAGGUGAUUCUGAGCAACACGGCGGCAUCGUGGGGGCGUCGGGCAUGGGCGGGCGCCGCGGUGGAGCUGCCGCUCCUGCUGCGGCUGGCGCUGCCGGCCGUGGCUGUGUACCUCAUCAACUACCUCAUGUCCAUGUCCACGCAGAUAUUCUGUGGGCAGCUCGGCAACCUGGAGCUCGCGGCGGCGUCGCUGGGGAACACGGGCAUCCAGGUCUUCUCAUACGGCCUCAUGCUUGGGAUGGGCAGCGCGGUGGAGACUCUAUGUGGACAAGCCUACGGCGCGCACAAGUACGAGAUGCUGGGCGUGUACCUGCAGCGCUCCACGAUCCUCCUUGCUGCCACCGGCGUCCCCCUCGCCAUCAUAUACGUCUACUCGCGCCCCAUCCUCCUCCUCCUCGGUGAGUCAGAGCGCAUCGCCGCGGCCGCUGCCGUCUUUGUCUACGGCCUCAUCCCACAGAUCUUCGCCUACGCGACCAACUUCCCGAUCCAGAAGUUCCUCCAGGCGCAGAGCAUCGUGGCGCCCAGCGCCUGCAUAGCGGCCGCCACGCUGCUGCUCCACCUGGCGCUAAGCUGGCUGGCGGUCUACAAGCUCGGCCUCGGCCUCCUGGGCGCCUCCCUGGUGCUUAGCCUCAGCUGGUGGCUCAUCGUGCUUGCCCAGUUCGCCUACAUCUUGGCCGCCCCUAGGUGCAGGGAGACCUGGACAGGGUUCACCACGCAGGCUUUCGCCGGCUUGUGCGGCUUCGCCAAGCUCUCCGCCGCGUCUGCGGUCAUGCUCUGCCUAGAGACGUGGUACUUCCAGGUCAUGGUGCUCAUCGCCGGUCUUCUCCCCAACCCUGAGCUCUCUCUCGAUUCCCUCUCCAUCUGCAUGGCCAUAUUCGGAUGGGUCUACACCAUCUCCAUCGGGUUCAACGCGGCAGCAAGCGUUCGCGUGGGGAACGAGCUUGGUGCCGGCAACCCGAGGGCGGCAGCUUUCUCAGUCGUCAUGUCGACAACAAUGUCGUUCAUUCUGGCUGUUGUCGCGGCAGUCAUUGUGUUGUGCCUCCGUGAUCGCAUUGCCUACGUCUUCACAGGUGGCAAAAACGUUGCGGAAGCAGUGUCCGACCUCUGCCCGCUGCUUGCCAUCACCCUCAUCCUCAAUGGCGUUCAACCCGUGCUUUCUGGUGUGGCCGUGGGGUGCGGUUGGCAGGUGUUUGUGGCGUACGUGAAUGUUGGGUGCUACUAUUUCGUUGGCAUGCCGCUUGGCUUAUUCUUUGGUUUCUAUCUUGGUCUGGGCGCAAAGGGGGUUUGGAGUGGCAUGGUAAUCGGCGGAACACUACUACAAACACUCAUCCUGUUAUGGGUGACCUUCAGGACUGACUGGCAACACGAGGUGGAGAAGGCGCAUGAGAGGAUUGCGAUGUGGGAAGACAAGAAAAAUUCAUUGCAGCAGGAUUGA